UGACAGAGAAGAUCCGUUAAGAAAGACUGAAAACAAGAGACGAAAGAGUGAGUGAUGAUAAGAACCAGACAACCUUGUUCCUUAGGGUUUAUAGCGCGGUCUUACUUCACUGAAGCAGCGUGCAUUGUGUUCGAUAUCAAACCAAUUGAUGAGGGUAAGAGGCUGGGAAGUAUUCGGAGCUAUGCAAAGCAUCUUCGCAUAGAUGGGGUGAAGAACACUAUAGCCGUUGCCUCUGGCAAAGGUGGUGUGGGCAAGUCCACCACUGCUGUUAAUUUGGCUGUUGCACUUGCAAGAAAGUGUCAGCUCAAGGUUGGUUUGCUUGAUGCCGAUGUGUAUGGUCCCAGCAUUCCCACAAUGAUGAACAUCAAUACAAAGCCUGAAGUCACUCAUGAUAAGAAAAUGAUUCCUGUUGAAAAUUAUGGGAUCAAAUGUAUGUCAAUAGGGUUCCUUGUGGAGAAGGAUGCCCCAAUUGUCUGGAGAGGUCCCAUGGUAUCAAAUGCUCUUGAGAAAAUGACAAGGGGAGUUGACUGGGGUAACCUGGACAUUCUAGUGAUGGAUAUGCCUCCUGGCACUGGUGAUGUCCAGAUAGCUAUGUCUCAAAAUCUGCAAUUAUCGGGUGCACUGAUUGUUUCAACUCCUCAAGAUGUUGCAUUAAUGGAUGCCAGGAGGGGAGUAAAAAUGUUCAAUAAAGUUGAUGUUCCGAUUUUGGGAAUUGUGGAGAACAUGAGCUGCUUCAAGUGUCCGCAUUGUGGUGAACCUUCUUACAUAUUUGGUAAAGGAGGGACUCAAGGGACAGCCUCUGAAAUGGGAUUAGAAUUUUUAGGCGAGAUACCACUGGAAGUGGAGAUCAGAGAAGCUUGUGAUCAGGGACGCCCCAUAGUGUUGGCUGCACCUGAUUCAGUUGUUUCCAGAGCGUAUGGCGAGGUAGCUGAAAAACUUGCUCAGAAACUCAAGGAACAGAAGUUCCAACCAGAGAUAAUACUAUGAAAUGCUGCCUUCUACCGUGCUACUCCGCAGCCAAGUUACCAGUACAUUAUGCAUUUAUUUAUUUAAUUAAGAAGAUCGACCUAAUUGCCCGGAUGCUCUGUAUACUGGAUUUGAUUUCUUUUAAAUUUUGUCCAAAUUGUGGUAUAAGAUAUAGGCCCGGCACAAGAUUGCUAGAUAUAGAACUGUUGGAUUGGAUAGUUAUAGCAUAGCUAGAGCAACAUCUUGUGAAAGAGAAUGCACUGAGAAGAGAAUCUGCGAUUCUUGACCAAGUAGAUGUGGUAUGUUUUACGCAAGGUAUACUGGAUGCUUCCGAGCAUCUGAUUGGGUGUGUGGCUAUGGGGAAUUAUUCUUAAAUGUUGAAAAGAGCAUUGAGUUUAUUUUUUUGGUUUUUUGGGGAACAAAUUUGAGGUGAAUUCGACAUGCAUCUUAUAUAACGACCUUUCAUAGUGACUGCCUAUAUGUUUAUAAUAAGCUUAAAGCUUAAAUGGUGAUGCCUAGCUAUUUGACUAGGAUUCGUUUGGCUUGUCUA